AUGGAGGCUCCUAUGGAGGGACUGACCUUGCUGGAGGAAGAGGAGGAGCGAGGCUCUGGAGGUGAAGAUGCCCCUGAGGAAGAGGGGGCUGUCAAAUCAGUCUCAGCCCUAGAAGAGGUGGACAAGGACUUUCAGUGCCCUAAGGAAGAGGAUACAGUCAAACAGGUGGGCAUCCCUGGAUGCAAGACCUGCCGCUUUGUUGUGGUGGCGAGAGCCAUGAUGUUUAGUCAAGCUCAGUAUACUUCUCAGAGGUGCUACAGGGGCAAACUCCUCUCCAUCCAUAACCUCAUCUUUACCUACUACAUCCAGUGCUCAGCCAGAAGUGUCAGCCAGGAUCAAGGCAGCUGCCAGCGCUUGUUCUGGGUUGAUGGCAGCGCCUGGAAGAUUUGGUACUGGGCUCUCAGCCAGCCCCUGGCCUCUGGUGGCAGCUGUGUGUCCAUGUGGAACCUAAGCGACGUAGAAGAAGAUGUGGACCCUCCAAGGGAGAGACCUUCUGGAUCUUCAAACUUCAUUUCCACUGAAGUGUUGGGGCUGCUGGAAUGUCUUGGCUUUGUAGGCAUCCUCUUCGGCUGGGUGUCGCUGGUGUUUGUCUUCAAGACAGAGCAUUACUUUGAGGAGCUGUGUGAACCAAAUGCCAGGCUGAUGGGAAAUACCACGCUGGUGGGCAUUGCCACGGGACAGACUGACUGCAAAGCCCAGGAUGAGAAGUUCUCACUCAUCUUCACCCUGGUGUCCUUCAUGAACAACUUCAUGACGUUUCCCAUCGGCUACAACUUUGACCGUUUCAAGACCACCAUAGCCCACCUCAUAGCCAUAUUUCUCUACACCACUGCCACGCUCACCAUAGCCUUCACCUCUGCAGAAUCAGCCCUACUGCUCUUCCUGGCCAUGCCCAUGCUCACCGUUGGGGGAAUCCUGUUUCUGAUCACCAACCUGCAGGUGUGAAACCUGUUUGGCCAACACCGCUCAACCAUCAUCACUCUCUACAAUGGAGCGUUUGACUCUUCCUCGGCAGUCUUCUUUGUCAUUCAGCUCCUUUAUGAACAGGGCAUCACCCUCAGGGCCUCCUUCCUCUUCUUCUCUGUCUUCAGUGUCUGGCAUGUUGGGCACACUUUCCUCCUGCAGUCCCGGGGGCACAUCCCCUACCUGCUGCCCCCCAACGACCGCUAUGGCCUGUGCUCUGGGAGGGACAGCAGGGAGGAGGAGCAGAAGACAGUGGAGUCCAAAGAGCUGGAGGGACAGUCGGAGUUCGUUUCACCAAAGGAAGAGUUCCCAGAUCCAGGGCAGCAGAAGGAGCUCCGCUCUUUCUGGGGCUACGCUUUCUCUCGGCGCUUUGCCUGGCACCUGAUGUGGCUGUCCAUGAUGCAAUUGUGGCAUUACAUCUUUAUCGGCACCCUCAACUCUCUGCUCGCCACCUUAGCCAAGGGCACUAGCAUCUACACAACUGCCUUUGCCAUCACUCAGUUCUUUGGAGUGCUCUGUGCCCCCUGGAAUGGCCUGCUCAUGGACCUGCUUAAACAGAGGUACCAGAAGAAAGCGAGCAAGACAGGUUUCUCAGCCUCGGCGGUGGCCCUUUGCUCCACGGUUCCUUGUCUGGCCCUGACGUCUCUGCUGUGCCUGGGCUUCGCCCUCUGUGCCUCAGUCCCUGUCCUCCCCCUCCAGUACGUCACCUUCAUCCUGCAAGUGAUCAGCCGCUCCUUCCUCUAUGGGGGCAAUGCUGCCUUCCUGACCCUUGCUUUCCCUCCGGAGCACUUUGGGAAGAUCUUUGGGCUAGUGAUGGCCUUGUCAGCCAUUGUGUCUCUGCUCCAGUUCCCCAUCUUCACCUUCAUCAAGGGCCCCCUCCAGAAUGACCCGUUCUACGUGAACGUGAUGCUGGUGCUCGUCAGUCUUCUGACGUUCAUGCACCCCUUCCUGGUGUACCGAGAGUGCCAGCGGAAGGAAGGCUCCCCUGCAAUUGCUUAGUUCGGGAGCCCUCUCUUUUCAGCUCUGCAGAUGCUUUUGCUAAUCUUCCUCUACCUUUGAGGACCUCGUAUCCAGAAAGUCUUUGCUCAUCAGGCUUCUUGUAUUAAGCAGACAUUCCUUUUUCUCAAAAAAAAAGAAGACACGUAACUGCUGGCUGAGACUUCUGAUAGGCAGGAAAAGAAUUUCAAUGCCAAGCUGAUUGAUACCAUACAGACCCAAAGCAAAAUCUUGUGGAAGUUCUCCUUAG